UUUCGGUGGGGAGAAUCGAUUUGCGAAUAGUCAGCGCAGUCAUAUUUUGCUCACGCUGUUCAUUAUUUGAGUGGUGGCGCUUUCAAUUACAUUUUGUAUUUAUUGUUGUUAUCUCACAUUUACUGCUAGCGUUAGCAUUAUCGGCGUUGGCUUCUGUCAUCACUAGUAGUCAACUUGUGCUCCAUCGUACUUGCUGGCGUUCCGAACUUCGCUUGUGCGCUCAUUCUUGUCUUGAACGCCAAGGCGAGCGAACACAGUAGCCGAUUUUCAAGUGAUAGUGUGUCGGUAUUUAAGGUGUACUAAUUGGUACUAACUACUGGCGUAAUACUGGUGGUAGUCCAUUAGCUACAGACAGCUUGCAUUAACAAACUGAAAACGAUAAAAGUGUGGUCACCCCAUAUUGUUGUUGAAGUCACUUGCGUAGCCGAAAGUUGAGUGACCAACCAACUUGAAAGUGCUUAUUUUAUGUUAUUUUUUCAAUUUGUUUUACCUCACACCACAUUUACGAUGCGAUUUGGCGUAUAUUUACAAUUUUCGCAAAAUACAUAGACCGCAUGUGCCGUUAUUCGAUAUACUGACGAGUUUAGCGCACCGCACAGUCAGCAAACGUUUUUGGAUUUCUCUUUAUGCUACUAUUGACGCGGUGGCCGUGUUAUGUUCGGCCCAACAGUGUUGCCGACAUAGAAGCUACAGUGACUGGAUUUAUGCUAGUGUGAUGCUGCGAAAGCAAAUCGCGAAAGAUAAAAGUCUAACCCAACUGAAAUCAAUACGAAACGAAAGCAGUGAGAGUUAUAGAGAAAACUGUUUCAGACAAAACUUUCUGCCAACAGCAAAAGAAACACGAGACUGCUCUACAUACAAUAGGCUUGGCCAAGCGGCCUGCAGGCAGGCAAACAGGCAGAAAGAGUGUAGUUAACUUUGUGUUUUUACGCACUUGCCGGCCAAAGCAACUUUAAAUAUUCACAACGUCCACCAAAUUUCGUUUGAAACGAAAUCAAGUCUACAUUAAUAAAAUAAGAAUACUUGUAGAGAAUAACCAUUCUCUGGUCAACCUUGACAUACUUGAAAUUCCAUAAUUGCAACUGUCGCAACGUGGUAGACCGCAGCAGCUAGCUAGUGAUUUAUAGAGAACUAAUAUAUUUUUUGUUUAAUAUUGUCUAAGUUUGAAUUUUAAAAGGACUAUUUAUGAAUACUGUUGAACGUAUAAAUGUAAUCGUUUCAUCAGAAUCAUCCCCAUCAUCAUCAUCAUCAUCAUCAUCAACGUCAUCAUCAACAUCAUCAUCUCCAUCACAAUCACCAACUUCAUCAUUGUCAUUAGCUACGCCAAUUAUAUCAUCUCCAUUAAACGAACUGGCUUCAUUAAAUACUAACAGUUCGUCAACCGCGACGAAGACUGCGGCGACAGCAUCGCAGUCAUCCACUGCAUUCACAUUGACAACAACACUUUCAUCAUCUCCUUACAGACAAGCUCAGCCUAGCGCAUCGAGCACUAACACACAAGCACACAUUAACGACCAAACGCAGUCGACGCAACAACCAAUUUUGAUUGCGUCACCAACACCGCCUCCUACACCGCCACCAUCUAUUAUCGAUUCAUAUUCAUCAUCCGCCUCAACAUCACCUUGUUCAUCAGCCACCUCAGCAUCCUUUCCCCAAACGUCCAUUGAAAAGUUCAAGAAUCAAGAGACACAAACCCAAUUGACCCUCACAAAUUCCCUACUGCUCUCCUCCACAGCAUCUGUCGUUGCCGCUGCAAUCAAAAACCAGUCCCUUGUACGCUCUGUGACCGCCACUAGCAUAAUGGAUAUGCCCUUCAACACAUCACCCUCGCUGCGCGUGCGUACCACCUCGCUCAAUCAACUGAAGAAAACAGCCGAUCUUGCCAUCGAAAAUGAGCUACAUGUUUGUCCAAGCGUUAUGUCCGAUGAAUUGCGCAAAUUACUACCUCCGACAUCUGAAACGGUGAUGACUAAGCCAUUUCCGGUGCGUGGCGAACGUGCCAUUACCGACGUUACUACGCCUCAUGUCAUUGCCAUGGUCGGUUUGCCGGCUCGCGGUAAAACUUUUAUCUCGAAAAAGUUGGCGCGUUACUUAAACUGGAUAGGCAUUUCGACGCGCGUCUUCAAUUUGGGCGAAUACCGUCGUUGUGCGACCACAGCCUACAAGUCACAUGAGUUUUUCCGCGCCGAUAAUGAAGAAGCAAUGGCUAUACGCAAUCGCUGUGCCAAUCAAGCACUACACGACUCCUGCGAAUGGCUGCUGAGCGGUUUGGGCAGCGUCGCCGUAUUCGAUGCGACAAACUCUACAAGUGAUCGUCGUCAACUAAUCUACGAUACUGUCGUUAAACAGCAUAACUUCCGCUUGUUCUUCGUGGAAUCGAUCUGUGACGAUCCAACCAUUAUUGAACAAAACAUUAAAGAGGUAAAGGUGAGCUCACCCGAUUACUACAAUAUGAAUACUGAACUUGUGGUACGCGACUUUUUACAACGCAUUGAACACUAUGAAGAGCGCUACCAACCCAUUGACGAGGAGACGGAGUCGCAUCUAAGCUUCUUGAAGAUCUAUAAUGCAGGCAAAAAGACGGUGGUUUAUAACAACGAGGGUCAUGUAGAAUCGCGUAUAGUUUACUACUUGAUGAACACCCACAUUACGCCACGUACUAUAUAUUUGACGCGUCAUGGUGAAAGUGAGCACAAUCUAAAGGGACUUAUCGGUGGCGAUUCGAAUCUUAGCGAACGUGGUCGUCAAUACGCCAAGGCAUUGUCUUCGUACAUCGAGCAGCAACACAUUGAUGGAUUACGCGUGUGGACUUCGUGGAUGAAACGUGCUAUACAGACCGUUGCGGAUGUGAAGGCACCACAGGAACGCUGGAAGGCGCUUAAUGAAAUUGAUGCCGGCCAUUGUGAGGAGAUGUCCUACGAACAGAUCAAGGAAAAAUUCCCCGAGGAGUUCAAGGCACGUGACCUAAACAAGUUUGCUUAUCGUUAUCCACGCGGUGAAAGCUAUGAGGAUUUGGUGGCGCGUCUUGAGCCCGUGAUAAUGGAGUUGGAACGUCAAGGUAAUGUGUUGGUAGUAUCGCACCAAGCGGUUUUGCGUUGUUUGUUUGCCUAUUUCUUGGAUAAGUCUGCCGAUGAGCUGCCAUAUUUGUUUGUGCCACUGCAUACAGUUAUCAAGUUGACACCGGUAGCUUACGGCUGUAAGGUGGAGCACAUUAAGCUGCCCAUCGAUGCGGUUGAUACACAUCGCCCGAAGCCGAAGAUACCCGGUGAUGUGUCUCUGGGGCUGGAUGGAUUGAGUGGCGAAUUGGUGGCACCCGAUGGUGUGGGUAAGGUUUUGAUUGUGGGCGACGAUGUCAACAUGGUAAAUGGCAGUAACAGAGCUAUGGGAAAUGGAUUGGCGGUGGUGAAGGAGGGCGUGGUUGUUGGUUCGAAUGAAGCGUCCACGAACAACGCGGCCCAACUCUGAUGGCAACAGCCAAGUACUCCACUCAAACGAGGACUGCUGGCAAACCUCCAAAGGGUUAAUACAUUAUAAGAUAACACAACUUAAGCAAAACACAUGCAUAAUAUACAUUAAGCAUUCGAACUGAAUUUGUAAUGAUGAUAAACAUAUUGAUUGAAUUGUUAACUGAUAGUUGAUGGUGAUUUAGCACACGCGCUUUUUUUGUUUAAGAAAUUAGUGAUACGGAACUAUUUAAGAGGUUUAUAAAUGACACGAAAGUUUACUAUUUGCAACUUGGAUAUGACUGGACCCGAUUUUGUAUGGUAAUAGUAUAGUUUUAGCUAAAUGCCAAUCAAUUUUAUGUACUUAUGUAUGUAUUGUAAUAGUACGCAUUUGUGAGGAUGUUUUUCGUCUAUUUUAUGAGCUUUACACACAUAUACACGCAUGAGUACACAAAUAUCAAUCUAAAUAUACAUAUUUUAUAUACUAUAUUCUCGUAUAAUAUGAACUAAAGAUUAAAACAUUAAGCAUAAUUAUAAUUGUUAAAAAUAAAAAUAAAUUAAAAUGAUUGUAAUUCAUGCCACAUACAUAUAUAUCUGUCAGUUUUUUAACAUAUUUUCGUAAAUUUGUGCUAACAGUUAUUUCGCUAAUGCUUGUAUUCUAAUGAAUAUGUGAAAUUUGUAUUCAACUCAAUUUAUUUAAUUUUUUUUGCAGAGGUAAGAAGACUUUAGGCUGAAACUAUUCUGUAGCUAAAAGCAAAAUAUACAAAUUCGUAGACACAAACAUAUAGAAUUUUAUUGUUGUAGCUUAAUACAAACUAAAAUACAUAAAUUUUGUAAGAGUAAGUUUUUUGUCAUUAUUUAAAAACAAUACUUAAUGUACUGAAUCCCAAAUAAACUAUCAUGUGAUCAAGGCA